UUUUUGGUUAGAACAUAUCGAUACAUUUGGAAGCAGUUAUCGAGACAUAUGUUGCAGGAGGCUUGUGGAAUUGGGCGCGGAAUUCCUGGAGCCGCUCGGCGCCCUCGGCGCGCGCCCCGCAGAGCGCCUCGGUUUCGCCAUGCUGCGACAUUCAACAAAUACUCACACACUCACUUGUUGAUCACGACCAACCUUUGCUGUCAUCUGCGCAACCUUGACCAGCUCCCAUUUAGGGUUCUCAAAACUCUAACUGGGCCUGCCUUUGCUGCUACCACCCUGAUGGCGGCUGUCGGAGUCCGAUCACUAUGUCUCGCAAGGGGACCAAGCACCUGCUCGAGUAGCGGGGCCUCCUCGCGGUGCCGGGCGUCUCGAGGCAUGCGCGUUUUCGCGGCCACGUCGACGGGGGCCACGAGACCAGGCACGGAAGCAUCGACGUCUUUGACGUCGUCUAGUAACCAGAAUUCGACGAGUGUGCGCAUUCUUCGGUACCCGGACGGGCACGAGCGGACAAUAUAUUACCCCGCCGAGGUCGUCUCAGCUGCUGAGCCUGAAUUGAAGGUGGAGCUGGAGCCGGAGGAAGUCAACUGGAGCCUCUGGACACAAACUGACGAGGAUGAGUCUACUGCUUGGAACGAGUGCAGCCUGGCGGGGGCUGCCUGCGUUGUCGCGGAUCCGGACCCUCUCUCUGAGGAGCUCGCCAGCCUCCAUAAGAACCUGCACCCCGCCAAUGAGGAUGAGAUGGUCCGCAACAGCUACCAGAUCCUCACAGGCUCGCCCUGGCUGCUGCCGCGCCCGCUGUUCGUGCUAGCCCAGGAGUCGCUGCUGCACGAGGGCCAGGGCAGCCUGUACUGCCUGCAGACCCGCAUUCGCCAGGACGACGCAAUGGACGAGCUGGCGGCGGUUCUGAAGCGCCCCGGUCUGUCCUCGCGCCUGAGCUACAGUCGCAUGCGGGACGGCGUGCUGGCCUUUGACCGCGCCGAGGACGCCGCGCGCUUCGCCACCUGCCUGGAGGCGGACCUCAGCGGAGAGGUCGAGGUUAUGGAGGUGGACAGCCGCCAGCUGUUCCUGCUCACGGGCGGCGAGGCGCAGGCGGUGGUGGUGUACCUGCCCUGGGCCGAGUUCAGCCCCCUGCCGCACCAGCUGGCGGCGGCGCUGAGGGCCGGGGACAACAACUCGGCGCCGCCGCAGCAGCAGCAGCAGCAGCAGUAGUGAGCCGCACAAGUGGGCCGCAGCAGCAGCAGCGGCAGUAGUGAGCCGCACAAGUGGGCCGCAGCAGCAGCAGCAGUAGUGAGCCGCACAAGUGGGCCGCAGCAGCAGCAGCAGUAGUGAGCCGCACAAGUGGGCCGCAGCAGCAGCAGCAGCAGUAGUAAGCCGCACAAGUGGGCAGCAGCAGCAGCAGCAGUAGUGAGCCGCACAAGUGGGCCGCAGCAGCAGCAGCAGCAGUAGUAAGCCGCACAAGUGGGCCGCAGCAGCAGCAGCAGCAGUAGUGAGCCGCACAAGUGGGCAGCAGCAGCAGCAGUAGUGGGUCGCACAAGUGGGCGGCCGCCCUCAGCUAGGUUCGACAGACCUUCGGGCAGGGUCCCCGGCCUUCGUAUGUCCUUCUGGUGCGCUGCCGCACGCGCGCGCUGCGUCUGUCCAGACGGGCGGGAUGCACGUCCCUUGUGGCGGAGUGAGGAUGCGGGUGCUGCGGCCUGCAGGGCUGCAGCUGGCUUGCACUGUUGCAGGCAGCAGCCGGUGGGCGGCAGGUGCUGCAGGCUGGGGCGGGGCGGGGCGCGCCGCCGCCCGAGCAUACAUUGUGGCUUGAUAGGAGGGGCGCGCCUGCCCCCUGGCCCCCCUGCCCCACCGGCCGCACUGCCCCACCGCCAGACCGCAGCCUGACCCGGUGGGUGGUUCCGUACAUGGCUGCUGGUGGGGCCGCGGGUGCGGGUCGGUCGUUGGCUCCAACGGCAUUUGUGCAGCAGUGGCGGUGCCGUGCGCGGUGCGGGCUGCGUGUUGUGUGUGUGCGUGCGUGUAUGUAUGUGUAUGCGUGGAUUUACCCUGCUUGAUAAGUCGUAACACGGCAAGGUGGACGGCGAGGCCAGGUGGCUUUGUACUGCUAGGUGGCGGUGGCGGUGGGCGCGGGCGCGGGCGCCCGGCGGUGUGCGUGUGGGCGGAACGCGUGCCACGCGGGCAACUGGGUACGCUAGCAGCAACAACAACAACAUUCAUGCACAGAAAUGCCAAGUGCCAUGCACAAUUGUGUUUGCGCACCGAAGAAACGCCUCAUAAAACACGAUGCAAGGCUGCUCGGCUCGCACUGUGCACCGUGCGCGGAGCAAGGAAAGCAAGGAAGGUUGGUGCGGCGGCGGCUCUGCAUGGUUCGUCCAGCGUUGCACGUGCGUGCGUGUGUGUAUGCGUGGAUGUGGUUUGCUGGUGGCUGGUAGGCGCGUAGGCUGGAAGAUUGGACGGAUGGGGGCUCCCUGCGGGCAGGGCUGUGCGGGGUUGUGUUUUCCUUGUGACAUGUCGUCGUAUCUGCCGCAACGGGCUGUCGUUUGUACUGUGUACGGGCUCUUCUUUCUAACGUUUGUAUGUAUGUAUGUGCAAGUGUGGAAGACGAAUGUUGACAUGGCAUAGACGUAGCCACAUUGGUUGCGGCCCUCGGAAGGCCGGCGUUGUGUUGCAGUCGCAUACAAUACCGUGUGUUUGGAGCGUAGCUUUGUACGAUUAGCUUUCGCAGCGUGUACGGUAUAUAUCAACCACAGUGCCCCAGUAGGUAAACCGCUGGUCUUGUGUCGGAAGCACGAGUGCAUCCUUAUUUGUGUGGCGGAAGGUCGGGCAUGUGCGUGGGAACCGUGCGCGUGUGCGUGAGCACACAGUGCCAAGGGAUUGCACGAAGUUGCCUUGCGAAGCGAAACAUGGCCACGUCUGGGCCCGUCGGCCCGCCCCUGGAAGCUGGGUCGUUGAUGCAAGCAAACAGGCGUGCGGCCUCACGAGUGGAAGUGAAUGCUGUAAUGUUUAGUCACUGUGUAGUUAGACGCUCCGGAGAAUUCGGAGCGGUGCGUUGCAAUGCCGAUCUGUUGCGGUACAUACAGGUAGGGCGCUGCUCCUACCUCGCCGUGCAGCAGGGUGGACGUGGCGAGGCCGUGAACACAUGCGCACAUGGUCCUGUACCUGUGCGAUCGGAUGUGGCAAAGGAAUGUGUACGGCAUCCAAUCAUCAGGGCAGGGCAUGCGGGGCUGUGUGAUCCACGGCCAACCGAGGCUGACCGAAGCGGCUCGGGCAGGUGGGCGGACUGAUCAAGCGCCGCCACUGUGGUGUGGAUCUUGUUGUGGGGGGCUCACUUGCCGCUUGUAACACUACGUUGUG